AUGGAAUGCUUGAGGGAUAACUUCACCCCAGGGGAGAUCUUGGACAAUCGUUUCCGGACUGUCGCUCCUCUAAACCAUGGCUCGUUUGGAAUGGUAUUCCUGGCAGAUGACACCUUAACUGGAGACCAGGUCGCUAUCAAGUGCUUGAGCAAGACGUCAGGAGACUCUACACCUCUGGCCGUUGACGAACGAUCCGAAGAGCUAGAAUGCCAUACGCGCUUGGGAUACCAUCCAAAUAUUGUCAACCUACUCCACUCUUUUGAGACGGAAUCCCAUGUGUUUUUGGUGCUUGAAUAUUGUUCGAUGGGUGACCUGUACGAAGCCAUCAGGAACAAUCGUGGACCUUUGGAAACUGAACAUGUUCGUGAAUUGAUGCUACAACUCGUUAGCGCUGUCGAGUAUAUGCAUUCAAAGGGCCUCUACCACCGGGACAUCAAGCCUGAAAAUAUCUUCCUUUCCCAGAACGGCACAAUGAAACUUGGAGAUUUCGGUUUGGCUACACGCAGCCCCUGGUCCUACGAGGCAUGUGUUGGUAGUGACCGCUACAUGGCACCCGAGCAAUAUGAACCCACCCCAAGUGGCUACUCGACGAGGCAAGCCGAUAUCUGGUCUGUUGGCAUAUGUCUUCUGAAUAUAUUGUUUGCGAAGAACCCUUUCGUGACUCCAACGGAGUCUGAUAUCUUCUUCGCCGACUAUACCAGGGACCGCCAGUCGCUCUUUGACAUUUUCCACAACAUGUCUCAAGACACCUUUGAGAUACUUUCUAAUGCCAUAGCACUCGACCCGAAUAAACGCUCCCUCUCCGGGAUUCGCCAAGCUAUCUUACGCGCUGUUUGCUUCACCACUGACGAUGAAGUCCUUGAUGAUUUUUGCACCGAAGAUCGCGAGAUUAUUACUGCGAAUGCUGAUAGAGAGCCACUUCGAACGCCGUCCAUUUCGAGCCCUCAGAUCAAUCAAGGAGACACAUUCCCCUGGGCCAAAGCGCUUCAGUCAACACCUCAGCAAAAGCGACAACUCUCUAUCAUCCCAGACACAGAAAGUUAUUGUGAAGACUUGUUCCCCGCUUCUGAAACAGAAGCCGCAUCAUGGUAUUCCGUCCAUGCAGGCUCCCCCUCAGUGGUUUCUGCACUGGGUUCCACCUUUAGUGCCUCGUUCAAAUCUAUGGCUGUUCAACCCUUUGAACAACGUUUCCAUGGUCGCUCAUAUCCUGUCUCGAUUGCUUGCUCUCUGCCCGUUCGUGCUGGAAAACCAAUUCCUGCCAUGUCUUUAGUUUUUGAGAAGGGUAACAAUGAAAUGUCGAAGAGCUGGAGUGAUCUAUACGAUGAGGAACAGUCAGAGAUUGAAGCUCUAGAGCGGCGGAUGAAACAAAACGCUCGAAGCUUCAGCCGAGAUAGCGACACGACCAAGAAAGGAAAUCGCCCUUCCCGUCUUUCGGAGGUGCAAGGUUCCUCGUUCAUAAAUGCUCGAUCGUCUCUUCCCAAAGCUCAUCAGAAGGGUGUUGCUAUCCCAACCCCUCGCAAGGCCAACGAGAAUCUCAGAGAGAACAAUAUCCUAGGUCCAGUGCACCCAUCCAAGCAAUCCCCAACCAAACAAACAAUUAUGGACAAGUGGGCCGCCCUCGGAAACAAACGACGUGGCUACCACCGUAAACAGGAUAAUUCGUUGCCCAGCAGGAAGCAAAAAUGCAUGUCAAAGAGCUGGCGUAAGGAUUUAGUCUCGAGUUCAACAGUUUUCGACGACCGCCAUGUUGACCAGCAUUUUCUUGACAUUGACUGGCGUCAAAGCACAAUCGAGCCUACGCAACCACAGGCAAAUGUGGGUUUGGUUGGAACUGGCGAUGGCACUGAUGACCUUGAUUUUGUUGGUGGCUGGAACGACUUUCAGCUGUGA